GUGACGUCAGCCUUCUCAUACAUCACCACACCAUUCUUGAUCAUUAGCCCUCAACUCGGUGCUAAGUUCUUCUCAGAGGUUAGGACGAACUCCAGAGCUGCACACAGCUUAAGGAGACGCUACGAUCCGAAGUUCACGACGUGCGGCCAUCAAGAACUCCAUUUCGCUCAACGCCGAUCCCACCCAAACCUUGGCAAUACGGACCAUACAACGGCGGAAAGUGAGAACAAAAGAUGGACAAAAUGCACCACGAUAACUUCACUACCAAUGACGGAUGCAAGAUCGCCUUCCAGUCAUCACUAUCCCUCAAUGGCCUCGCCGGGGACUCUUCCCACUUGACAUGUGUGUUGCUCAUGCAUGGUUUCAGUGGUUCGAGCGACUACUUCACUCGCAACUAUGGUACUCUAAGGGAGUCUGUUUGGGUUGUUGCGCCCGAUAUGCGUGGCCAUGGGAGAUCAGACCGUACUCGUGGAGGAUAUCAUGUUGGGCGUCUGGCAUCUGAUCUCGCAGCUCUGGUGCAGCACAUCCGGAAGAAAGCACAUGGAGUACAAAUUGUACCUGUCGGCUGCUCCAUUGGAGCCGCAGUUCUUUGGACGUACAUUGAGCUGUUUGGGUGUAGUGACUUUGCAGGUCUUGUGUUCGUGGACCAGGCGCCACUGCAAGAUCGUUCGUCCUUUGACGGCUGGGAUCAUUCUCUGGCACACACCGGCUGCUAUAACGAAGCCACAAUGCUGGAGGCGCAGCGAAGCUGGAUUGAGGACUCGGACGCGGCGCAUUUGGAUCUUGUCAAGGGCUGUCUUGGGUAUCGGCAUGCACCCGAAGCGGUUGACGGGGUAAGUGCCGAGCAGGUGGCCAAGGACGAGAUAUUCUUCAAGGAAAUUAGUGCCUUAUGCGAUCAGACAUGGUUAGCGCGUCUAUUGGCGGACCACACGAGAUAUGACCAUCGCGAAGCCAUUGAGAUGAUUACAGUGCCGACGCUGGUCAUGGCCGGGCGACGAUCGGGUUGUUUCCCGCUGGAGGGAAUGCUGGAGACAGUCCGACGCGUGGAGAAGACAACCCCUGGCCUGGCAAGGUCGUCCGUCUUCGAGUCUGGACACUGGCUUUUUUACGAGGAACCGGAACGAUUCAACAGAGAAAUCAUUGAGUUUACGAAUGGGUGCAAGGGAUCAAGGGGAUCUGGUUAGCCGUGGUAGGGGUGGUGGUUUGUGAUGGACGUGCAAAGAGCCUUCCAAGCCGCCCAGUGUAAUUUAGCCCGACAUCUCGAAAUAGCACUUCGCUUUAAAGGUACCACUUAAUUCAGUGCUUUUUGCCGGUUCCGAAGCUCUAGCCUCUGGUUAUAUUAUGCAAACUGUGAUUUGCAACGCAGGUGGCCCGUGGUACAAACUCAUAGUACUUGUUGAUAUCCAUGCCACCAAGGGUUCCAGGGUCGAGCUGACGAUCAACGAGACAGGCAUGAGACACAGCAUAAACAUGACAUGACCCAAAAAAAUACAAAAAGAAGCAACAUACAACACUCGGCAUUCGCUGGUCGUCACCGACCCAACUACUACUCAAGCGCUCCUCAGCUUGACUCUGGGAGAGCAGACGGGAUCCCGUAUUCUCUAAG